CGUGAAAGAGAAGACUUGUUCAAAGAGAGAAAGAAGAGAUCAUGGAUCAUCAUCAACAACAACUCUUCUCUCUCUGCUCAGUUUCAUACGUCUUCAACAUCAAGAAACAUUUCUUCGUCAGCCUCUUUUCACUUACCGUCCUCAUAUUCUCCACCGUCGUCAUCCUCAACCUCGUCGAGUCUUCCUCCUUCGAGCCCCUUCUCCGUUUCGGAUUGUUUUCGCCCUCGUCGCAAAACUUAACAAAGGAUUGUGAUUACUCCAAAGGAAGAUGGGUUCGUCGAACAUCAUCAUCAUCAUCAUCAUUGAUGUACGGAGAAGAGUGUCGCUUUCUUGAUUCAGGGUUUCGUUGUCGGAAGAACGGUAGAAAAGAUUCCGGUUAUCUAGAUUGGCGAUGGCAACCACACGGCUGCGAUCUUCCACGAUUCAACGCAAGUGACUUUCUGGAGAGGAGUAGGAACGGGAGGAUAGUGUUUGUGGGAGAUUCAAUUGGAAGAAACCAGUGGGAAUCACUCAUGUGCAUGCUCUCACAAGCAGUACAUAACAAGUCCGAGAUCUAUGAAGUAUAUGGGAACCCCAUAACGAAACACAAGGGCUUUCUCUCCAUGCGGUUCCCUCGGCAAAACCUCACAGUCGAGUAUCACAGAACGCCGUUUCUCGUCGUCAUUGGCCGGCCACCUGAACACUCACCGCAAGAGGUCAAAACCACAGUGAGAGUCGACGAGUUCAACUGGCAAUCAAAAAAAUGGGUUGACUCGGAUGUUCUCGUCUUCAACUCAGGGCACUGGUGGAACGAAGAGAAGACCGUGUUAGCAGGGUCAUACUUUGAAGAGGGAAGGAAAGUGAACAAGACAAUGGGAGCGAUGGAGGCGUUUGGGAAGUCUUUAAAGACGUGGAAGUCAUGGGUUUUAGAGAAACUUGAUCCCGACAAGACUUAUGUCUUCUUCAGAAGCUACUCUCCAGUGCAUUACAGAAACGGGACAUGGAAUCUGGGUGGUCUGUGUGAUGCAGAGACUGGUCCUGAGAGUGAUAAAAGGAGAAUGGAACCUGAUGCGGCUCACAACAGAUAUAUCUAUGAAGUGAUUGAAGAUAUGAGAUAUCAUCGACACAGUAAGGUUAAGUUUCUCAAUAUUACAUAUCUGACAGAGUUUAGGAAAGAUGGUCAUCCUUCUCGGUACCGAGAGGGUGGCACUCCUGUUGAUGCUCCACAAGACUGCAGCCACUGGUGCUUACCAGGCGUACCUGACACAUGGAAUGAGAUUCUCUAUGCGCAACUCUUGUCAAUGAAUUAUAGAGCAAAGUGAGGUUCAACCUUUAGGAUCGAAGAGAUGGGGGAAAA